CUGGUAUUGCUCCAAAACGUAUAAAUGAGAGAAAUUGAGAGAAGAAGAAGCAGAGGAAGAAGAAGAAUGGCAGCCACGAAGUUCCAAAAAAUGGGGAAAACUUUCAGGGAAUUUCUUCAAUGUUCCCGAAAUUAUAGCUCUUUUAAACUAUGUUUCACCACACAAUUUUACUCCUUUCAUCACCCCCUUUUCCCAAAAAUCGGUUCACACUUUACUCUUUUUCUUCUGAUUCAUCACAAUUUCUUCCCAUUUUCCCGAUUUUUGUAUAGAAAUUUCCCGUCAAUUAAUUUUUUAGGGUUUGGUGCCGGAAUUGUCGAUAAAUUUCUAAUUUCCGAAAAGAAGAAAUUGGGAGCUGGUGAUUAUCCAAUUAUGUGCGUGUGAAAUGGGAAUAAUUAGGGAUUUGAGAGAGACGUUCUGUAAUCAAUAAGCGUAAUUCAGAGGAAAUUAUUAAAAAUGGGUUCUAAGGUGAAUAUUACUGUGGGGUCUAAUGUGUGGGUUGAAGACCCGGAUAUUUGUUGGGUUGAUGGGGAAGUGGUAAAAAUCAAUGGUGAAGAGCUCCAAAUCAAGACUACAAAUGGGAAGCAGGUUACGGCAAGUCGAUCGAAAAUUUAUCCGAAGGAUAUGGAAGCUCCAGAUGGUGGAGUUGAUGAUAUGACAAAGCUUUCUUACCUGCAUGAGCCUGGAGUGCUGCAGAAUUUAGGAACUCGAUAUUCUCUUAAUGAAAUUUAUACUUACACUGGAAAUAUUCUCAUUGCGGUAAAUCCAUUCCAAAGAUUACCCCAUAUAUAUGAUACACAAAUGAUGAACCAUUACAAAGGUGCAGCACUUGGAGAGCUCAGUCCCCAUGUCUUUGCGCUUGGCGAUGUUGCAUUUAGGGCUAUGAUGAACGAGGGUAAAAGCAAUUCCAUUCUGGUUAGUGGUGAAAGUGGGGCAGGCAAGACUGAGACUACUAAAAUGCUUAUGCGAUACCUUGCUUAUUUGGGUGGUCGUGCUGUUACAGAAGGGCGGACUGUUGAACAACAAGUUUUGGAGUCAAAUCCAGUUCUUGAAGCUUUUGGCAACGCAAAAACUGUUCGCAACAAUAAUUCAAGUCGUUUCGGUAAAUUUGUUGAGAUUCAAUUUGAUAAGCGUGGAAGAAUAUCAGGAGCAGCCAUCAGGACAUAUCUCCUUGAGAGAUCUCGGGUUUGCCAAGUAUCAGAUCCUGAGCGUAACUAUCACUGCUUUUAUCUUCUCUGUGCAGCACCGAAAGAGGAAGUAGAGAAGUACAAGCUGGGAGAUCCUAAAUCAUUUCACUAUCUUAAUCAGUCUAAUUGCUAUGAGUUAGUCGGUAUAAAUGAUGCACAAGAUUAUCUUGCUACAAGGAGAGCGAUGGGAAUAGUAGGGAUAAGUAAGGAAGAACAGGACGCAAUCUUUAGAGUGGUUGCUGCAAUUCUUCAUAUAGGUAAUAUAGAAUUUUCCAAGGGUCAAGAAGUUGACUCGUCUGUUCCAAAAGACGAAAAGUCCAAGUUCCAUCUUCAAACAACAGCUGAACUUCUCAUGUGUGAUCCCGUUGCUUUGGAAGAUGCUCUCUGCAAACGUGUAAUGAUUACCCCUGAGGAAGUUAUAAAGAGGAGCCUUGACCCACGGGCCGCAACAGUGAGCAGAGAUGGUUUAGCAAAGACAAUAUAUUCCCGCUUGUUUGAUUGGUUGGUGGAUAAAAUCAACAAAUCAAUUGGUCAAGAUCCUAACUCUACGUGUUUGAUUGGUGUCCUUGACAUUUAUGGAUUUGAAAGCUUCAAAACUAAUAGUUUUGAGCAGUUUUGCAUCAAUUACACAAAUGAAAAGCUUCAACAGCAUUUCAAUCAGCAUGUUUUCAAGAUGGAGCAAGAGGAGUACACAAAGGAGGAAAUUGAUUGGAGCUAUAUUGAAUUUGUGGAUAACCAAGAUGUAUUGGAUCUUCUAGAAAAGAAACCGGGAGGAAUUGUUUCUCUACUGGAUGAAGCUUGCAUGUUCCCAAAAUCAACUCACGAAACCUUCUCGCAAAAGUUAUAUCAGACUUUUAAGGCUCAUAAGCGCUUCGUCAAGCCAAAAUUAUCUCGUACUGAUUUCACUAUUGCUCAUUAUGCUGGGGAGGUUCAAUACCAAUCUGAUCAAUUUCUGGACAAGAACAAAGACUAUGUCGUCCCAGAACAUCAGGACUUGUUGAGUGUUUCGAAAUGUUCUUUUGUGGCAGGCCUUUUCCCUGUAAUGCCUGAAGAAACAACCAAAUCCUCCAAGUUCUCAUCUAUUGCUUCUCGUUUUAAGCUUCAACUACAACAACUGAUGGAAACACUAAAUUCUACAGAACCACACUACAUCAGAUGUGUAAAGCCAAAUAAUCUUCUUAAGCCUGCUAUAUUCGAGAAUACGAAUGUCAUGCAGCAACUGCGCUGUGGUGGUGUUCUAGAAGCGAUUAGGAUCAGCUGUGCUGGAUACCCAACACGCAGGACAUUUUUUGAAUUCAUUAGUCGAUUCAAACUUCUUGCUCCCGAAAUUGUAAAAGCAAAUGAUGCUGAAAAGGUCGUAUGCUCAAAGAUUUUGGAAAAGAUGGGGUUAACUGGUUACCAGAUUGGGAAAACCAAAGUUUUUUUGAGAGCUGGUCAAAUGGCUGAGUUGGAUGCACGCAGAGCAGAGAAACUUAGCAAUGCUGCGAGGACUAUUCAAAGGAAAAUCAGAACUCAUAUUUCCCGUCAACAUUUUCUUGCUUUGCGCACGACUGCCAUUUUAAUACAAACAUUAUGGAGGAGAAGACUUGCUUGCAAGAUUUUUGAAAACAUGAGAAGAGAGGCGGCUUCCAUAAAGCUUCAGAAGAAUUUGCGUAGACAUUUGUGCAGAAAAUCUUAUACACGAGUGCACUUCUCAGCACUCACCUUACAAACAGGGUCUAGGGUCUUGGCUGCUCGCAAUGACUUUAGAUUUAGGAAGCAAACAAAAGCCGCGAAGAUUAUGCAGGCUUUUUGGCGAUGCCACCUAGCAUAUUCCUACUAUAAGAAGCUCAAAUGGGCAGCAGUUCUUACACAAUGUAGAUGGAGGGGGCGGCUAGCCCGAAAAGAACUGAGAAAGCUGAAGAUGGCUUCGAAAGAAACAGGGGCACUUAAAGAAGCAAAGGAUAAACUUGAAAAGAAGGUUGAAGAACUCACGUGGCGUCUACAGCUUGAGAAACGCUUACGGACGGAUCUGGAAGAGUCUAAGGAUAAUGAAAUAGCAAAGUUACAGCAAUCUUUGCAAGAAAUGCAGGAGAGAAUUGAUGAGACAAAUAACUCGCUUAUCAAGGAGCGUGAGACUGCUCAGAAAGCAGUCAUAGAGGCAGCAGCGGCGGCAUCUGUUGUCAAAGAAACCCCAGUUACAGUUGAAGAUACUGAAAAAAUCGAGACUCUAACUGCAGAGAUAAACAAUCUAAAGGCCUCAUUAGAGUCAGAAGGACAAAGAUCUGAUGAGUGGGAAAGGAUGUAUAAAGAAGCCCAUGAAUCAAGUGAAGAGAAACAUAGGAAAUUAGAAGAAACAGAAAGAAGAGUUCAUCAACUUCAGGAGUCUCUUAAUAGGCUUGAGGACAGACUUACCAAUUUAGAAUCUGAGAACAAAGUUCUUCGUCAACAAGCUAUAACCAUGGCACAGAAUAAUAAGCUUUUGGCAGCACGCUCUAGAUCAUUAAUGCAGAGAACUGAAAGCACAAGAAGUGUGGAACUACGUAAUAGUACAUCCUUGCACGUAAAGGAUCCGUCUGAGGUAGAGGGUAGAGCACAGAAAGCACUCAAUGAUAAACAACAGGAGAACCAAGAAUUGCUCAUCCGAUGUAUAGCUCAGCAACUUGACUUCGCCAAAGAUCGACCUAUUGCAGCAUGUAUCAUAUUUAAAUGCCUACGGCACUGGAGAUCAUUUGAAGUGGAGAGAACAAGCAUUUUUGACAGAAUCGUUCAAACAAUAGGCCAUGCGAUAGAGGCUCAGGAUAAUAACGACACACUAGCAUACUGGCUUUCAAAUACGUCAUACCUGUUGUUGCUGUUAACUCGCACACUAAAAGCAGGUGGUGCAGCUGGAAUUCCCCCACAACGAAGACGCCCUUCAUCUGGCCUCUUUAGGAACUUGACCCUGACUUUUCGUGGACUUCCUCGGGGUGUUGAUCUUUCUUCUAUUGACGGUGAAACAAAUGGUGCAACUAAUAGCUCCUUGAACCAGAUUGAAGCCAAAUAUCCUGCAUUGCUUUUCAAACAACAGUUAACAGCAUAUGUGGAGAAAAUAUAUGGAAUGAUCCGUGAUAAUCUAAAAAAGGUGAUAUCUCCCCAGUUGGGCAGUUGUAUUCAGGCACCAAGAAAAGUGAGCUCAAUUUCUCCCGGUAGUCCAGCAGCUUCGCAGGCACUGUUUGUUCACUGGAAAGAAAUUGUACAGAAUUUAAGCAAUUACCUCAAUAUGAUGAAAGCUCAUUAUGUUCCUUCAUUCCUUAUACGCAAAGUAUACACCCAAGUAUUCUCUUUUAUCAAUGUACAGUUGUUCAACAGCCUUUUGUUGAGACGAGAGUGCUGUUCUUUCAGCAAUGCUGAAUAUGUAAAGGCAGGGCUGGCAGAAUUAGAAAAUUGGUGUUUCGAUGCUAAUGAGGAGUAUGCAGGUUCAGCUUGGGAUGAGCUGAAGCAUAUUAGACAAGCAAUUGGUUUUCUGGUCAUUCAUCAAAAGCCACAGAAAACUCUGGAUGAAGUUAGUCAUGACCUUUGCCCGGUGCUUAGCAUUCAACAGCUUUACAGGAUCAGUACAAUGUACUGGGAUGACAAAUAUAGCACACAUAGCUUGUCUCCUGAAGUUAUAUCAAAUAUGAGAGUUUUAAUGACAGAAGAUUCUAACAAUGCUGUCAGUAGCUCUUUCCUACUGGAUGACGACUCAAGUAUACCAUUUUCAGUGGAUGAUUUGGCAAAGUCUAUAGAGAAGAUUAGUAUCUCAGAAAUUGAACCUCCUCCUCUCAUUCGAGAUAAUGCCGGAUUCAGUUUCUUGUUAGAAGCAUAGACAGCAAUGGAUUUUUAAUGCUCUGGAUAUCCAGCUCCGUACGGAUAUCCGUUUUCCAGCCAGGAGCUUCUGCAGGCCCGUGUGGAUAUAAGAGAAAGUGGCCGAUUUUGGCCUACAGAAUGUGCAGAGAGCAGUAAAAAAAUCCUGCUCUACGCGUAUAGACCUGUGGUGAGGUGAAAAUGCAAAAUACUACGUGACAUAAAUACGUCGAUUAGGGCCUAUUUCCAGAAUAACUGAACAAAUUUUGUUCGAAACUAGUCAAGAUUUUAGGAAGGUUUUGUACCCUUUUUUGUUUUUUGGUGAAUAGGUUUUAUACUUUUAUAGGAUUAGAAAAGGAUGAGUAUGGCAGAAAGAUUGCCCUCACAGACUAGAGUAGUUUCAUUCAGACAUUGGAUCUGCUUCAACAUCAAAGAAGUGCCAAAAUUUUGCUUCACUGUAAUUUUAAAUCUUCUGUUUAUAUAUGUAAUUUAUGGAAGGCAGUGUUGCUGCUCUUCUUUGAUGAUAUUAUCAUCU